AUGAAUUUUAUUUUUUUCAUUAUAGGAUACGCUAAUAGUUUUCUAAAUCCACUAAUCUAUGCCAAGUUCAACAGAGAAUUUCGCACUCCUUUCGUUCUCAUCCUAAACUGCCGUUGUCGCGAUAUCAAUCAUCAAGUACGCUGUGAGACCUACGCCCGACAAUUUGGCGACUCAGCAAACUUUGAUGAUACUCGAAAAUUUCCACCCCUUGGUCGUUCAAGUCCAUUUGGCUCUAUACUCGCUCUUCGAACAUCUAAUCAACCUUCUCCGUUGGUAGUAUCCUCGCGUAAAUCGGAAUCACGGAUCAGGCAGCAAGCUUAUCCACGUGCCAUUUUUCUAUUAAAUGAAAAUAAAACCACUACACUAGACCGCAUGCGCUUUAGAAUGAUGUUUGUAAAAAAACCGAAACUCUCAUUAAAUCCACGAGAGGAAUCGCUACGCCGAGAGGCUCGACUUAAACGGAGAGAACAAUUGUUUGCCUAUGCAACCCAUAAUAAUGCUGUUCUUGUCUACUUGAUGCUAAAAGAAGACAUGAGGCAGGCAGAUCUAAACUGUGAAGAUGAUAAGGCAAAUUCUGAAAUAAAGCAAAUUGGAGACCAUAUAGGCACAGAAGGAAGUUGUGAAGAAAUAGUUUCGAACAGUAUAACAUUUACGAGGAAAUGGCGAAGUUCCAUUUUAGCUACAAUCGAUUUCUCACCUGUUGAGAAUCCUCUAAAUCGGCAAGCUACGCCCCCUAUCGUAAAACCCUUUGUAAAUCUUGAAGCCGGCCCUUCUGUGGACUUUAUCGAUGAUGAAGUAGAAGAUGAGUUGGAGGAAAAAGAAAUGUUUAUAGCAAAAGCGAUAGGAGGAGAAAGCAUUAGUCAUAGAGGCUGUUUCAUGCCAACAGCUUUUGUAAACACCAAAUUACAAAAAUAA